CCCCCUCCGACCCGGAAGAGGAAGCGUCGGGAUGUUUGACCGUAGCCGAGAAAGAUGAUUGAACAGAGAUGCGAUUGUUCUUUUUCCGCUUCGACAGCAGGGAAGUCGUGGCCUGUCUUUGCGAGCUGACGGCGACGGCAGUCCGCGUUAGAGGUGUCCCGAGAAACGGCAUGUCGCUUCCCGCGGAGACGCCGAGUAGUUCCGUACGUUCCCAGAGUCAGGCGACGGUGGACGGCUAGUCGGCUGCUAGAAAUUAGCCCGUGUCGUUUGUUUGGAAUAUCGGGGGACAUUUGUCCUAAAGCUGCACGUGAGCUGCCAAGCAGACGCUUUCACGGACUGUGGGACGGCCACGUCAGCGAGACCUGCAGCGUUAAACUCGGAGGACGUCUGUGCUCUCCUGGUUCCUGCGUUUGGAUUUUUUUUAAUUAAUUUUUUUAUUAGCUGACAAGUCUCAGAGUCGCUCCCGAUGACAAUGGCUCCGAUGGGCAUCCGGCUGUCCCCGCUCGGCGUGGCGGUGUUCUGCCUGCUGGGAGUCGGCGUCAUCUACCACCUGUACGCCGGUGUCCUCUCCAACCAUCUGUCCUACUUCAGGCAGAAGAAAAAGGUGGACCUGAGAGACCUGUUGGCUGUCUCUGUGGAGGCUGCCCAACUGGGUGGGAAGGAGGUGAAAAAAGUCCGUGAAGAAGACACACUCAACGAGAGGUCAAAGGGAGAGACGAAGGAGGGAGCCAAAGAGCUUCUGACUAUGGGGGACCUGCAGUCGCACCGGAAGAUGUUUAACCUAAUAAAGAACACGUUCCCUGACAUCACUGUGUACAGCGAGGAAAGCGACAGCAAAGCGGAUCCUGUGAGCUGGAGCCAGAAGAUACCGGAGGACAUGUUAAAGCUGGAGAAGGGCAGGGAGGUUUCUGCUGAUAGCCUCACCGUGUGGAUCGAUCCUCUGGAUGCUACUCAAGAAUACACCGAGAAGCUGGUGAAAUAUGUCACCACUAUGGUGUGUGUCGCUCUAGAGGGUAAACCGCUCAUUGGAGUCAUACACCAGCCGUUUACCGGCUUUACUGCCUGGGCAAUGGUGGGUCAGGGAACAAACAUGGCGACCAGGUCGUCCUACAAUCUCAACCCGCCAAAAGUCAUCGUAUCACGGUCGCACUCUGGAGAAGUGAAAAGUUUUCUUCAGACGGCUUUCGGAAACAGCACAACGAUAAUCCCAGCAGGCGGUGCAGGAUACAAGGUGCUGUCGCUGCUGAAGAUGCAUUCAGACCAGCCAGAGCCCAUAGACGAAGCCGACGUUUACGUCCACAUCACCUUCAUCAAGAAAUGGGACAUCUGCGCCGGCGCAGCGCUACUCAACGCACUGGGAGGCCACAUGACCACUCUGAAGGGGGACAACAUCGACUACAGUGGAACGCCAGUGAACGAAGGAGGACUGGUGGCCAGCGUGGACGUGGAUCAUAAGGCCAUUCUGGAGAAACUCCCCAACUGGGACCCUUCGAAGCACUGAAAGACAUUGGAAGCUCAGUCGUGUCUUGAUAAUGCUUACAAGAAACAGAGAUGGUUAAACAUUGCAGAUAUUUUUUUAUUUUUUAUUUAAGGGGUGGGUUGGUUACUGCCUUCACCAACAUGGCACACUGAGCAGGACUGUGAGCAGCAUGGCCACCACACGGGUUCUGAAUUAUCACUCCUCCACAGCUACAAGCAUCAUUCAUCUUGGUGGACUGGCACAUCUGUCCCAUGCAAAGCCGCAUGCUCACAGUGACAAACAGCAGAGCUUUCCACGUGUCCUCCUUUCACCGUUACAGGAGAGCAGAGGGACUGUAAUGUGACUUUCUAUGGAGCACACAGCUGAACACUGCAGGAGGAACUCUGGAGCCCGGCAUUUCCUUCCACCGUCUUAAAUCCUUUUUUUUUUUUUUUUUUUUUUUUAAAUAUAUAUUUCAGAAAAACACAACACUAAUUUAGAGAGGUAUGUUUCAGAACAUCCAACUUUAGCCCACCUCUGGCUAUUUGUGGUGAGAUACAACUAAUAAAACUCUGUAUUUUCAGCAAAUCUGGUUAAUACAAUAUGAAAAUAGAUUUUUAUGUAAAACCUUUAUUCAGGUUGUAUAAAGCCUGAUCAAUUGAGAAAGUUAAGCCAGAGGGGGUCAGAUGGACCAGAUUUAUGUUGGGGCUAAAAUCUCCGUCACCUAAUUGGCCAUGUUAAUUUAAACACUUUCACGUCGUUAAAGCACAAAAAUGGCGUACAGGAGCUGUUGGCGUCGCAGUGGGACACAGGAAGGGACGGGAUAUCCAAGCUAACGCCUUCAGACAUUUACUAAGUGGAAUCCGUGGAACAAUAAAGGCUUGAAACUGGCGCUUGUUAGAUUUAUCCUUUCAAAAAUCAUCAAGCAACACAAGUCAAAUAAUCCUGUACUUGGCCUCACCACCGCCACGUGUUUGAUGCAUUUAAAAAAAAAAUCUGAUUCA